ACAAUUUUACACUGUGGUUUCAACUCACACAGCACGAAUGCUAAUCUUGUAGCCGGUAAAAAUAACGUUAACGAUCGUUUGACAUAAACGUAAUGCAAUUAAAAGAAAAUCACCGUUUCUGAAUAGAAUAUUUUACAUCUGGGUGUUAAGCUGACUCGGGCAACGCAGCUGCCACGACCUAGCCUUCUUUUUCCUGCCGUAUUAAGUAGGUUGCUGGCUAGCUAGCUGGCUAAUGAAAACAGAGUGAAUUAAGACAUUGCGGAUAUCAUUUUUGUAGCUAACAUGAACUAAUAUAGUCAGCGUCCCAUCCAAUCUAUCAGGUAUGGUGGAAAGUUGCGAUGUUAGGUAGUUAGCCUAACUCGUCAUUGUUCUCUGGAACAUGCAGUCAAUUGAAGGAAAGGACAGCUUGCUAAUUAGCCUAGCUAGUUUAAAUCGCAACAUGUACAAACAACCCGAAGCCAAUAUCCCUAAAAGCGGCGACAAGACCAGUCCAAUAAGCGUUAUACUGGUGAGCUCAGGCAGCCGAGGGAAUAAGCUGCUUUUCCGCUACCCCUUUCAGAGAGUUCCGGAAAGCCCUUCAUCUCUAAUAACAAAACAACGGAGCCCCUAUGCGCUGAACUCGGCGGGCGACACCUUGGACGAUCAGGAUGGGGAUUCGAGAGAACAAACUCCAUUAACUGAUGAACAGUUGGUAGCAGGGUUUUCUGACAUCAUUCUGGCCACCAUCUUGGCCACUAAGUCCGACAUGUGCGGUAAGAAGUUCGAGCUGAAGAUCGACAACGUGCGCUUCGUCGGGCACCCCACCCUUCUCCAGCACCCCCACACCAUCCAGGUGUCCAAAACAGACCCCUCACCCAAGAGAGAGAUGCCAACCAUGAUCCUGUUCAGUGUGCUGUUUGCACUGAGGGCCAACGCUGACCCCUCGGUGAUCAGCUGCAUGCACAACCUGUCGCGCCGCAUCGCCAUCGCCCUGCAGCACGAGGAGCGGCGCUGCCAGUACCUGACCCGCGAGGCCAAGCUCAUGCUGGCCGUGCAGGAUGAGGUGACCACCAUGACCGAGACUGAUGGCACCCCCCAGUCCCCCUUCCGUCAGAUCCUGCCCAAGUGCAAACUGGCCCGUGACCUCAAGGAGGCGUAUGAUAGCCUCUGUACGACUGGCGUGGUGCGCCUGCACAUCAACAACUGGCUGGAGGUGAGCUUCUGCCUUCCCCACAAGAUCCACCGCGUGGGGGGCCACCACAUCCCCCCCGAGGCCCUGGAGCGGAGCCUCAAGGCCAUUCGGCCGUACCACGCCCUGCUGCUCCUGGACAGUGAGAAGGCCCUGCUGGCUCAGCUGCCCCUCGACUGCUCCCCCGCCCUGGUACGCCUGGUCAAGACCUGCUCCGCCGUCAAGAACCUGCAGCAGCUGGCGCAGGACGCCGACCUCGCCCUCCUGCAGGUGUUCCAGAUUGCCGCUCACCUGGUGUACUGGGGCAAGGCCAUCAUCGUCUACCCGCUGUGCGAGAACAACGUCUACAUGCUCUCCCCCCAUGCCAACAUCUGCCUCUACUCCUCUCUGGCGGAGCAGUUCGCCCAGCAGUUCCCGGGACACGACCUGCCCUCCAUGCUGGCCAAAUUCUCUCUGCCCGUCUCGCUGUCGGAGUUCCGGAACCCCCUGGAUGCCCCGGUGCAGGAGGCCCAGCUCAUUCAGAUGGUGGUGUGGAUGCUGCAGCACCGCCUGCUGAUCCAGCUGCACACCUACGUGUGCCUGCUGGUGCCGCCCAGCGAGGAGGAGCCCAGCCUGCGGGAGGACGAGCCGCCCCUGGCCGCCCGCGUCGGGGGGCGCAGCCUCAGCACCCCCAGCGCCCUCAGCUUUGGCUCCCCGACCAGCAGUGACGAUAUGACCCUGACGAGCCCCAGCAUGGAGAACUCGAGUGCCGAGCUGCUUCCAGGGGGAGACUCUCCUCUGAACAGGCGGAUGACGGAGACGCUGCUGGCCAGCCUGACGGAGCACGAAAGGCGCGUCAUCCUCAGCAUCCCCGCCGCACAGAACCCGGAGGACCUGCGCAUGUUCGCCCGCCUGCUGCACUACUUCCGGGGACACCACCACCUGGAGGAGAUCAUGUACAACGAGAACAUGCGGCGUUCGCAGCUCAAGACGCUCUUCGACAAGUUCCGCAGCGUGCUGGUCGUCACCAACCACGAGGACCCCGUCAUUUCGCUCUUCCAGUCGCCCCUGGACUGACGAGAGGCCGUGCGUGUGUGCCUGUGUGUGUGUGGGGAGCCGACCCACCUCACCAGAGAUACACGGGUUCGAGACAGCGAGAGGGCGCAGGGUCACAUCCCCCGACUCUCGCUGACUCAAGGGAUCCCGCCUCAGACUGGAGGGCAUAUUGUGGGACUUUUUUCCUGACUCUUUGCUGACAGGGUGUCAUAGGAAGUUGUUUUAAGGGUGGAGCUGUUACUGCUGUAGGUGGGCUGUGUCCCUCUGUCUGUACCACAGACCUGUCAUUACAUAAAAAUUCUGUCACUAUCACUGUCCAAGUGACAGUCGGAGCUUUGAAAUGCAUCGUGAUGCUCAAAGGACACAUGGAAUAUUUAUAAGAAACACCAGUGACCUUUUUACCUGUUGUCAUCCCCCAAACCUAUGUAACCAGUGUUUCAAAUCCAUUUCAAGCUUUCAGGACAAAGGCCAUAAGAAGUAGAAAGCAAAACCCAGGGACAGUGUUUGGAUUAGACACACCAUUCCAAACACCUUCGCUGUGUUCCUCUUUUACAGCGCCAUCCUAGGUGACCUUUGAACUUUAAAGAGUAGGUGGAGCAUGCAGAACUGUUUUUGGUGCCUUAGGAGAACAGAUGUGAUACUGAAAAGAGGAGGGGUUUAGAAAGGACACUCCCCCAAAUGCCCAAAUGACUCCAAAUGAAAUGUUCAGCACUGAAUGUUUAACGAAGCCGAUACGGGAUGAACCAAACUCUAAUCACUGUAUUAGAUGUGUUCGCAUGUUUACAGCGUUUACACUGAAUGUGUGUGUGUGUGUGUGUCCAUUCUGUGUUUUUUGCCUUGAUAAGGGAGGCUGAUGGCUACAGCAAUUAGAAACAUAAUCUCAGUUGCAAAUAGUGAACUUAACAAGCAAAAGCAGCGUAUGUUUUCUUAAUUGCAGUGUCCUUCACAUACAUACACCAAAAAUGACUUUGAGUUUACUCAUCAAUAAUUGUGCAUUAAAUUUAUUUGAUGGUUUAAAGCCAUGUGUGACCAUAGAGAAGAUAGCAAUGUUUCAGAUUUUUUUUUGGUCAAGCUGUCAGUUAUCAUUCUUCUGUUGCUGCUCUGCAUUUUAAUGAAUGAAGUGAACAUCUGAUGAUGAAUGACAUCAAUGUGGGUUCUGUAGUGUUUUUUCAAAGCCUUUACAGUACGUUUACAUGGACAACAAAAUUCCGAUAUUAACCCGAUUAAGACAAUACUCUGAUUAAGAAACUACCAUGUAAACAGCGAUUUCUGAUUACCUUAAUCCGGUUAAGGUCAUACUCAAAGUAAACACUAAUCGAAUUAAGACAUGUG